AUGGAUCCUGGGGGAGAGGUGUCUGUGAGCGAGGCCCCAUCACAGGUGCCCCCCACAGCCAUGGGGGGGGAGGAGGAGGAGCCAGGGGAACAGGAGGAGGAGGAGCCCACUGCACCAAAGAAAUCUCGCCUGGAGGAGGAAAGCCUCAGAGCACCAAUGGAUACAUCAGAGCACUAUGUGGAGCUCAGAGCUGAGAAGCAGGAACCAGAGGACGAGAACUUUAAGGACCAGGAGUUUGAAGAACCAGGUGGUGAUGGUGAUGAUGAUGAUGAGGAAGAUGCAGCAGAGCACUAUGUGGAGCUCAGAGCUGAGAACCUCAAGGACCAGGAGCCUGAAGAACCAGAGGACGAGAACCUCAAGGACCAGGAGCCUGAAGAACCAGAGGACGAGAACCUCAAGGACCAGGAGCCUGAAGAACCAGAGGACGAGAACCUCAAGGACCAGGAGUCUGAAGAACCAGAGGAUGAGAACCUCAAGGACCAGGAGCCUGAAGAACCAGAGGACCAGAACCUCAAGGACCAGGAGCCUGAAGAACCAGAGGACCAGAACCUCAAGGACCAGGAGCCCGAAGAACCAGAGGGUCCUGAGGACGGGGGCCCACAGCGCGAGGCCUUGGAUUUCAGCCACACUCCUCAGAUGUUGACCGGCUCCUGGGCUGAGUUCUCCUCUCUCCCAGAGAACUAUCUGAAAGGCUGUAAAUGGGCUCCUGACGGCUCGUGCCUCCUGACCAGCAGUGCAGAUAACGUGCUACGUGUGUAUGACCUGCCUUCAGAGCUGUACGCCCCCUGCUGGCAGCUGCUGCCGGAGAUGAGCCCAGUGCUGCGUAUGGCCGAGGGAGACACCAUCUACGACUACUGCUGGUACCCCCACAUGAGCUCUCUGGACCCCAACACCUGUUUCCUGGCCAGUACCAGUCGUGAUAACCCGGUGCAUGUGUGGGAUGCGUUUGAUGGUAAGGUUAGAGGAAGCUUCCGACCCUAUAACCAUCUGGACGAGCUGACUGCAGCUCACUCCCUAUGCUUCAGUCCUGAUGGUUCUCAUCUGUACUGCGGCUUCGACAAGAUGGUGCGAGUGUUCCACACAGAGAGACCAGGACGAGACUGUGAGGAGAGGCCUACUAUAGUAAAGAAGCGUGGUGUGACUGGGAUAGUCUCCUGCGUGUCCUUCAGUUCCUCCAGAGCCCUUUACGCCUGUGGAUCUUACUCUUGUGGUGUGGCUCUGUACAGCUGCCAGGACGGGGCACCUGUGGCUGUUCUGCCCACGCGGCACCAGGGGGGGCUCACUCACCUGGUUUUCUCCCCUGAUGGGACCUACCUGUACACCGGAGCACGCAAGGACCCUGAGAUCCUGUGCUGGGACCUGAGGGCCCCUGAUAAAGUGCUGUUCAGUUUGCAGAGGAACGUCGGCACCAACCAACGGAUCUACUACGACCUGGACCCGUCGGGCCGCUACCUGCUGAGUGGGGACACCUCUGGCCUGGUGUCUGUGUGGGACACUACUCACUGCGCCUCCUACAGGAGCUCAGAGGAACUGCAGCCUCCACACCUCACCUUCCAGGCCCACUGGGACUGCACCAACGGACUCAGUGUGCAUCCGUUCCUGCCGCUGCUGGCUUCCUCCAGUGGACAGAGACAGUUCUCGUGGCCGAGCGACAGUGAGGACUCGGGCUCUGACACCGACCUGGGGGCCCCUCAGGAGCGCAGGCAGGAGAACUGUGUGUGCGUGUGGUGGAGCGGGCCCCCAGGAGCCUCAGCCCCGGGGCCCGAGGACACAGAGGACAGAGAACCAGCCGAACAAGAGGUCCCAGUGUGUGUGUAA